AUGAGCAGCGGAGGAACCUCCACUGUUCCCCCUCCGGAGCCUCAGGCUUUCAAACGCGCCGUUCGGAAGAUAAAAUGCGCCGCCAUGGUGGCUAACUUGGCUAAGAGCUGGCAGGGCUGGGCCACCGACCACUCGGAGAAGCAGGACGCCAUCCCGAGCGGCUGGAUGCCGACGUCCGUUGAAGAGGAGGACGAAAAACAACAAAACCACGUGGUCAAACUCACGGUGACGCCGCGAGUCGUCGUAGCCGAUCGCAGCGACGCCGGGGGGAGUAAAAUCAGAGCGUGCACGGUGACAAAGUCCAUCCAGCCUAAACGCAGCGAGUGCAGCAGCAGCGAUUUGAUCAGCGCAAUCAAAGGGAAAAUGGAAUCCGGUCCGGAGCAGAACAAGCCGUUCCUGGGCAACGAGUCACCGACACGGCGGCGCCAAAUGAGAGCGCUGCAGAACGCAGGAGGAGGAGGUGGAGUCAUCCAGGACCGGAGGCUGAUGUUGCAGGAGAAGAAGCUCGGCUCGAGGAGCAGCAGCGUCGACACGGAGGACAGCGGGAUCGGAGAGGAGGCGGGGCUUAGCGACAACGAGCCGAAGAGCGAGCAGAAUGACAUCCUUCCAAAGAAACACACAACUCGGCCGAAGGUCAAGAUCGUCACCACCAAUGACAUCAAGAGCCGCUGGCAGCAGUGGUCGCAGCAGCACAUCGAGGGCCAGAAGCUGAACCCGUUCAGCGAGGAAUUCGACCAUGAAUACGCCAUGGCUCAGCGCGUACGCAAAGGCGAGUCGGGCUACGGCCGACCCAAAGACGGCUCCAAGACGGCGGAGAGGGGCGACCGGGCCCAGAAGCACAUCCACAGAGAGAUGGAGGAGAUGGUGUGGAUCAUCAGAGACAUGAACUACAAGGACAAAGAGGGCAGGACCGUCAUCAGCUUCGGGCGCCUCUUUGACCGAUACGUGAAGAUCUCAGAUAAGGUGGUGGGCAUCCUGCUGCGCUGCCGCAAACACAAGAUGGUGGACUUUGAGGGCGAGAUGCUGUGGAAGGGACAGGACGAUGAUGUCAUCAUCACACUGAGGGACUGAGGACGGGAGGGAUGUGUGAUGAACAAUAAAAAAACUCUUUAGACGCUUAACGUGUCCUCGAGACAAAAACGGAAUAGUUUACAGGAAGUUCAUACAAGAGGGAAAAAGUUUAGAGAUAUUUAUAAUGCAUGGA